AUGGCUCAGAGACGCCCACCGAACACGUAUCCUUGGUCCCAAAGAAAACUUCGUCAUACUAUUCCAUUUCCGAGAUUUGAACAUUCUGCUAGCGAUGUUUCAACUAAUAAUGAAUUAUUUAUCUUUGGCGGAAUUUAUCAAGGCCAAACUACAAAUGAAGUCUAUGUAAUCGAAACAAGCUCGCUAAAUGUUCAAAACAUUGUUACUUCUGGUGAUAUACCUUCUCCACGAGCAGGACACACUCAUGUUAAUAUGGGAUCAAUCAUGAUCGUAUUCGGUGGAUUAACGAUCGAACAGAAAAUGGAUGAGAAUCUUUAUGCCCUUGAUACAGCAACAAAGAAGUGGAAGCAACUUUCAGUGCAAUCACCGCCACGUGGAAGACAUGGUCAUUCUGUCACAGUAAUUGGAACAAAAAUGUAUAUAUUCGGUGGUCAAACAGAAGAAAGUUAUUCAAAUGAAUUAAUUGUCUUUGAUAUGGGAAUGUAUAACUCUUCAAGUGCAAACUGGGAAUUUGUCACACCAAAAAAUCCGCCUCCACCCGGAAGAACUGCACAUAUAUCAUGUGCAUAUGAAAAUAAAAUUUACAUGUUCGGUGGAAUGGAUGGUGACAGGUGUUACAACGACAUGUGGUGUUACGAUAUAAAUGACAACACGUGGUCACAACUGUCCUGCAAUGGAUUAAUUCCUUUUCCACGAAAAUAUCAUGGUGCUACCAUCGUCGAUGGAAUCAUAUACAUAUUCGGUGGCACAGAUGAAGAAGGUAAAGAAUUGGGUGAUUUAACCUCAUUUCAAAUAAGUACGCAAAGAUGGUAUAUGUUUCAAAAAAUGGGUCCGGCACCGAGUCCUCGAUAUUUACAUACCAUGAGUGCGGAAAAUGAAAAGAUAUUUGUUUUGGGUGGUGAAUCGAAUCAAUUGUCAAAACCUGGUGAAGAUGGGACUAUUCACAUUUUAGAUACAUCUAGGAUAAGAUAUCCUAGUCAAGAAUCUUUGCAGUCUCAACAACAACAAAUGUCACAACAAAUGUCAUCACAAAUUCCUCAACAACAAAUUCCUCAACAACAAAUUCCUCAACAGCAAAGUCUUCAACAACAAAUGCCUCAACAGCAAGUUCUUCAACAACAAACACCUCAACAACAAAUACAUCAGCAGCAACAAAUAAUGUCUCCAUAUUCGACUCCUUUAACAUCUCCUACUAAACAAUCUAUCUCGCAGAGAAAUCACCAAAUGUCUCCGAAGCAAGAAUUCUCUCCUUAUGGAUUUAAUUCCCCUACAUCUGAUAAUAGAAUAAUAACUCAAUCACCAAAGGGCUAUCAAUCGCCUGAAAUCAUGGAUUCUUUAGAAUCUCCAAUACAUAUUUUGCCUAAUACGCGUAUUAACAGGGGUCCUCUUCCAGAAAAUGUGGUUUACAUGGAACGACAACGUUCAAAUUCUCCUCAAUUACGUAACCUAGAAAACGUUCGAAAACAAACUUCUUCACCGGUUACGGCUCGUCAAUCUCCGACAAAUUUUGAUCAUCAACGUAACAACUCUAAUUCUUCACCAAAAUUAUUUAAUAGAAGUAGAAUUAGUACUGAUAAUGCGUAUAAUUAUCCUGUAAUGAGGAUACGAACUCAGCAUAGUUUGGAUAAUUUACGUGAAAAUCAAUCGAAUGCCAAUGUUCGACAACAACAACGAAAUCCUGAAUAUUAUCAACAAAAUGAUUUCAGAAAUCCACGUCCAAUGAUAAGACCACCAAGUGGAUAUAUUAUGCAACCUGAUGGAUAUGAUCCUAAUUUAAUGUCAGGAAAUUUUCAACCAGGAUUGCUUCAAAAUACAAUUUAUCAAGCUUUUCCUAAAAAUACAAGUUCUUAUAUAGAAAGUACUAUAUCAUCACCAACUAUACCACCUGAAGGUCAUUAUAGAAUGUCGGAUACUGUUGAUCAUUCUUCGGCUAAUAUAAUGAAUGUGGAAUAUAAUGAAUUUAUGCAAGUACUUGAACAAAGAGAUAAUUUAAUUAAAACUUUAUCAAAACGUGAAAUGUGGUUAAAAGCAGAACUUGCUAUAGCUAGAAAAUAUGGUUAUACUAUUGAUCAGGUUGAAUUUGAAGGUGAUAAUUCAGAAAAAGUUGAUUUAGAUCAAUUAAUAGAUAAUACUGAUAAAAGUUCAGAAAAAUUCUCUCUUUUAUUGAAUAUUGUCAAAAUCAAGCAGGAAUUGAUGAAAUACAAGGCAAACAUAGUAACUCAAGCACAAGCUGCAUCACAAAAGAUUACAGAUUCCGAAAAAAUAAGAACAGCUGCAUUACAAGAAGCUGCUUAUUUUAAAGCGAAACUUGCUGCCUUAAAAAAUCAAUCAAAACCUGAUUUAAUAAUAAUUGAAUCAGAACGAAAUAAUGAAUUAGAAAAACGUUUAAUGAAUGCUUUAAACGAGAAAGAAACUGUUCAAACUAAAUUUAUACAAUUACAACAAGAUUUUAAUGAUGAAAAAAUUUCAAGAGAAUCCGCAGAAGAACGUGCAAAAAUGGCAGUUGAAAGAGCUGAAGAAGCAGAAAAUGCACAUGCAAAAUCAUUAACAGAAUUAGCUGCUUUACAUUCAAGAGCUACAGCUGCAGAAACAGAAUUAAGGGAAGUUAAAGGACAAUUAUUAAAUUCAAAUAUGGAAUUGAAAAAAUCUCAAAAUAUUAAUGAACAAUCGCAAACACAAAUAACAUCAUUACAACAAUCUGUUGAUAAUCUUAAGAGAACUCUCGAAAAAGCAAAUAGUGCAAUGACUACAGCAAGUAAACGUGCAAGUGAAUCUGAAAGUUUAUGGAAACAAACACAACAAGAUAUUGCAAAUUUAGAAAAAGAAUCAGCAGGUCUUCGAUCACAAUUAGAUGUUAGAAUGAGAGAUUUAAGUCGUGCAGCAGAGAAAGCUAAUAAUUUAGAAAAAUUAUUAGAGGAAGAACGUAAAGCAAGUGCUACACUUCGAGAGAUGAUGGAGGAUGGUGUGAAUAAAUUAUUAAAUAGUCCCGUAGAUGAUAAUUUAAAUGAUAAUUCAAAUAUGGCACAACUUGAACAAGAAAUUGCUGUAUUAAAGAAUAUUAAUGAAGAAACUCAAAAAUCUGCAAAUGAAGCAGCUAAUUCUUUAUUAAGUGCUAAAGUUAAAAUUGUACAAAUGGAGUCAACUAUAAUGAAAGCAAGAUCAGAAAAUACUGCAUUACAACGACAAUUGGCUGAAGCUUCCGAAGAAGUUAUACGAACAAAAGGAAAAUUAAGUGAGAAAGAACGACUCUUGGAAGAAAAAUCUCGUAUACUUGAAGAUACAGAAGUUAAAAUUGGAAUGAUGAGAGAUGUAAUGUCUGAACGUGGAAUUUUAGAUGAUGGUAGUGGAAAUUCAGGUGCUGAUAAAGUUAAAGAAAUGGCAGCACAAUGUGAAAAAUUAGAAGCUUUACAUGCAAAGACUCAGAAUGAUCUUAAAAUAUCUAUAAGAAAAUAUCAAGAAGCGUUGAAAAAAGUUCAAGAAGCUGAAAAUAAAUCACAAGCACUCGAAAAGGAACUUGAGAGAACAAACGAAAGUCUUUCAGAAAGCAGUAAACAAUUAACGGAUGAAAAACGAUCGAUCGAGAUGAAAAACAAUGAAUUACAAAAACAAAUUAUUGAAACCAAUGAAAAAUUAGCAAAAGUCGUAAAUGAUUACAAUACUGCUAUGCAUUAUGUACAAGGUACAGAAAAAAUGUUGAGACGCCUAAAAGUUGAAUUACAAAAUAGUAAAACUGAAGCAGCUAAAUUAAAGACACAACUUGAGUCUAUGCAAAAACGUAAUGAAGAAUUAGAAGAAAAAUUACUGGAGGUACAAAAUCGAACAUCUGUAAGCAUCGGUGCAAGAGAAUCCAAAAUUCAAGAAUUUGCAAAUAAACAACUCGAAUUACAAAGAGAAGAUUUUAAUAAAGAGUUAUCCGAAAUUCAAGAAGAAAACAAAAGGUUAAUAAAGGAGCAUCAACAAAUCAAAGAAGAAUUGGAUGAAGCUUUAUCAUUGAAUGCGUUAUUAGAUAAACAAUUGAAUGACGCUUUGGGUAACCAAAAUGAUCAAGAAUCGAAUGGGAAAAGGCAAGAUAAUUGGAAUGAACAAAAAGAAAGUUUGAUCCGCAGACUUGAAAAAACAAAUUCAGAAUUGGAACGUAAAUUACAUGAUUCUGAAAAUAGGAUUACUAUAUUAUUGGAUCAAAUGGAAAAUACUGUAGAUGUUUAUCGAAAUAUAGAAGAUAAUAUUAAUCCAAAAAGUUCAAGAGAUUCAACUGUAAUAAAAAAAGAAUUAACCGAUUUAGACGAAUUAUCACAAUGGAACGUUGAUAACAAGCAAUAG